CUUAAUUGAGAUUGUAUUUGCUGAGCUAUUUUAAAGAAAAAAAAAAAAAAUUUUUUAAGACCAUGAUUAAUAGACGAGUUUUUUCGUUUUUGAAAAAUCUCUUAAUUUUCUUUAUUGAUAGACUUUACAGAGAAUGGGAAUACAUUAUUCGCAAUGGCCAAAGCUAUAGUGAAAAGGCCUCUGAACGGGGUGAUUUAUACGUCAAGCAGCUCAUAGAAAAUAUAAUUCAUGAACGUGUUGGGAAAUAUGACCCAUACUUGAUAAAUAGAAGUGCUGUAAUUUCUUGGGGAAGAACUAGCGUAGUUCUGGGUAAAGCUGAAGUGACUGGUUUAAGUACUCUACAUCGAACCAACAUAUGUGCUUUAACAGAGGUAGGGAACAGAUUGUUCAUAACCAUGAACUUAGGAGCCGGGCCUUUGUGUUAUCGGCGUCAAAUAACCUUUAGAUUUGGCAACUUUCAACGAAAAACUGUUGCUUUGAUAUCUAUAAAUGACAUCAAAGUUUCGAUUGAUUUCAGUAUUGAAAAAGAAACUUGCAGGAAUGGAUUUCUUCUGGAUUUUAACAUUAAUGAAUUGAAUGGAUUUAAACUGAUCAUAAACGGAUCUGGUUGUUUUAGUUGGAUUAUAAAUUUGUUUUUAAAUUUCUGGACACUGGCUCUUGGAAGAAUUAUUAGAAAUCUGCUAGAAAAUGAAUUGGAGAAAUAUAUUCUCAUUAGAUUACCGAAGUACCAAUUUCCUGUAGAAGGCACUUCAUAUCGGAAUGGAUCCAAGCUUAUCCCGCGUGAAGAUGCUCAAAAUAACGAAACAUCUAUGAAAGAAAACUAUGAAAAGUCAAAAUGGUCUGGAUUUCCUCCAAUCAAAAACAAUUUGUUUGACCCAUAUAAUUCGACCAAAUAUGAAACGGCAAAAGAUUUCGGAUUUAACCAAGAAAACCCCACGACUUCCAAAUGUUUUCUACAGAAUAAUAGGAUUUCAGAAAUGGAUAAUUUUUGUCAACUAGUACCAAGUUUGAGUCUUUCCAGUAGAUUUUUGCCAAAUAGUUCUUGCAAUGAAGAUUUGAAAGGUAAAGCUGAAAGAAAAUGUGAUCCCUUUUCUCUACUUUCAACAGAAGCUCUCGAAAUAUCUCGGUCGUUAAAUAGAAUAAAGGAAAAGUUAGAAUCGGUUUCCCUAGUCUCCAAUUCUUCGUCCCAAAAAAUAACUUCGCAUAAUCGCUUGACGGAUGAAAAGGAUCACUUAUUUUCCGACUCCAACAUUUCGGACGAACUGAAUAAUAUUCACGCAAUAGAAACCAACAGCAAUAAAAGAAAGGAUACUUCAAGUUCAUCACCUGCAAAGGGUUUUGAAAAUGAACUGUCGUUUCUUAUGUGUAAAAGACAGAAAAAAAUUGGAAAGGAAUCUAAAAUGCAGGAUGUUUCUCAAAUGUUACACGAUUCCUACAGAGAUCCAGUUAAGAAGGAUUCUAAAGACGCAGAUGAGAAUAUCGGGCGAUCUAAACUACUAAACGAAAUUUUUUCCGAAAUUCAAGAACGUUCUUGUAGAAAAAAGAUGGAUGAAAAACUAUUGGAUAUGGGAACAAAAUUUCAAACCCAUAACGCUUCACUUCCUGCAAAAAAAAUUGAAUCUUCUCAAAUUGAUAGAAAAGUACCUGAACUCAAGGCUGAACAAUCUAGCACAGAAAUUGGAACGCUGAACUUUGAUUCUGAAACAAUGAAAGCAAAAAUGGACAAAGAUGCAAAAGUGUUUAAUGAAAAGGCUUCCGACGAGCGGAAAGGCACAGCCGAAGAUUCAAAUAAAAAUCGUGUUUCAUUCGAAAGUUGCACGUAUUAUCGAUCUCCUGAAAGAAAUUUCUCAUCCUGGAAUCUUGAUUUGAAAUUAAGUAACACAAUGUUUCAAAAAGAUUUACUCAACUCCUGUUCAGUCGAUGGAAAAGAUUUGAAAGCUUGUUUUGACAUUCUUCGGCAAAACAAUGAAGCUCGGGUGGAAGAUUCAGAAUCCAUAAGAAGUUGCUACCUUGAAAUAUUUUCUGGAAAUCAAGGUGUCGAAGCCGGAUGCAUUUCUGAUCCUGAAGAUAGAAUAGAUAGUCCAACUCGUUUCAAGACCAAUAUAACUUGCGACUCAAACCAACUGAAAAGGAUGAAAAACAAGACGAAUUUUGAUUUGAAGACAGAAACUGAGAGAGAAGCUGAAAGUGUUUCUACUACUAUUCAGUUUAAUAAAAAGCAUGGAAAUGACAUUGAGAAAAUUCCCUUAAAAUGUGUCGAAGUCCAUAUAGGAGAAGAAUUAAACAAAGAUCCGACGUUUGAAACAGACGAAGACAACACUACGUUCAAUUCAAAUAGCAGUGAAGAGUUAAAUAUUUCACCCAAAAUUCUGAACGAAGAUUCAGUCCAUAAUAACCUGCUGGAGAAACUAGCUGACGUGCUGAACGAGAAGGAUAUUGAAUGCACUGAUUGUUUGGUUGAGUUUUCGUCAAUAGCUGGCUUGAAAUUAAAUACAGACACGAAUAAGAAAGGUUUGGCCGAUACACCACACCCGGAAGCAUUGCACAAUCUUCUCCAAGAAGAGAUUAUAGCAAAAAUCCAUAAACUUAAGUCGGAUAUUUUAUUGGAAUCGGAUACAGAUGACAGUGAAUACUCGAGCAGUUCUCCGAUACGAAAUACAAGACUUGGUAUAUGAAGAGAGAAAUCUGUCAUUAAAAGACAUUUAAAUAAACGACUUGGAAAUAACCUUUCUUCUAAAAUUAAAUUCUUGGUUUAUCCUUAACAGAUCAUCCAAUUCUGGAUUGUAAAAUUUGACACAAAUUUGUAUUUGUAUCAAAAUUUGUUGAUGAAAUAAGAUUUGGUUUCUUCUGAAAGGAAUAAUGAAUCAAUGUGAGAAAUUGCAAAAUCCGUACAGUCUGAAAGUAUUGAAAGAUAGGAUAGUGACUGCCAUCUAUAUCUUGUUCCAGAAUUGGAUACAAGGAAAAUCAAUUCCUGAAUAAGUGCUCGGAAAUGUUUUAAUUCUUCAAACGAAUACCACUAGGAAAACGUCUAGAAUCGGAUAGAUAACCGUUCUUUAUUCCACUGUAUGCAUGCCAUAAAAUAAGUGAACGAGUCUCCUACAAAAUUCUAUGAUAGAGAUUUACAUUGCUUUUUUAAAACGCUUUGAGCCAGAUUUACAAAUUUCGCAUGCUAUAAGAAUAGUGCAGUCUGAAGCUAUGGACCAGAGAACUCAAACAACGUAAAUUAACUUAUUAAAUACAUUCUUAAAAUAUUAAUUACCUGCAUUUGCUAUUUUAAUUAAAAUGGACCUUGAGAAAUGUAAAAUUUCUUAAAUUGUAACUUCCAUUAUUCAUUAGUCAAAUUGUAUUUGUGUGAAAAAACUUGUUCUUAUAUAAUGUACGUGUGAUAUCUGUUAAUAAA